UUUCGUCACCGACUUGCCUCACACCAUUUUCUUCUUCUAUCCAGCAUGCCGCGCAGUGUGUUCGGUAUCGGCCGUGGCUGCAGCAAUGGCAGCCUUGUCCUGAUGUCCUUGGUCCUGGCGUAUCUGUUUGUUGCUGUCGUCAUGCACGACGUUUGGCAAUACAACCAACGUCAAGAUCCAAGACAGUCUUCACUUCCACAGCUUAUCGAUGUCAUUGACGACGAGUCCUUACCUGGACAAAGUUCUCUCUCUUCUGCUGCUAAAGUUCACCCAACGACACGAAAUUCACGAAUCAUACGAUCUAUGAGGGAAAGCAACGAUCUUUUUUCACCCGAGCAGUUCCUAUUCGGUGCCAAAGUUAACGUCCCUCCGUUAGGCACCGUUAGUGAUGUAGUGGUUAGGGGAGUGGAAAGACACCAACAACUUGAAUCCCAUUCCAACAGCAACAGCAGCUCUGCAAGCAGCGACGGCGGUGGCGGCGGCUGCAGCUCAGGCGGCAAUGGUUGUCCAUCUUUAAAUGGAGAGCAAAGUGACGAAGAGAAGAAGAAGACGAAGACAAAGCACCUCCAUCUUGCUGAGGUCAGUGAGGUGCAGGAACUUCCUCCCCCAUCUCGAGGUCCACCGAUCAUUUCCCAUGAUGGCAUUUCGUCAUGCAACUCCGUUAGCUUCUCCAAGGGUCGUGCGAUUUCUCCGUCGGAUUACAUUGACUUAGGCUCCGUUCCGUCAUUCUUUACCCGCCUUACGCGUUUUGCACAAGACAAAACAAAUCAUUCCGGACGUACCCCUCAAAAUCGGGUGGGGGUGUUAUCACCCCGUCAUGGUCACGAGGCCGGGCAGCGAGGCCGCACGAAGUCACGGUCCUGGACACGCCUUCUUGCAGAGAAACUGGCCUCUUCUCCUGACUCGGACGGGAAUAAUUCCACGGAGGGGUCCGUGAACAUUAUUUCCGGCGGCACCCCAAAAAACGUUUUUUUCUUCCACAUGUAUGAGCAGGUGCAGAGCCAUCGCCGUCUUUGCUCCAUCGAGAGCUUCUUACGGAAGAACCCCGAUUACACAGUGUACAUAUAUGCCCCCUCUUUGAAGUUCUUCCGCAGUACGUGGUCAGAACGAAGAAAUCCCCGCGUCCGUCUUGUGAAGCUGAACUACGACGACAUCUUUAAGGGCACACCUUUUCAGACAUGGUACUCCUCAGGGGCAUACCUGAAAUCGCGCUGGGUGAAGAUGAACCUUGGAAACGCAUGUCGACUCGCUGUUCUCUGGAAGAAAGGGGGGACGUACCUGGACCUCGACGUGAUCAGCUUGAGUCCUCAGCCAUCGGGCCUACACAAAGCCGUGGCAUCCGAGCACAUCAGCUCCAUCAACUGUGCCUACUUGCGCUAUCCGGCCAGGGACGGCUUCCUCUGGGAAAGCAUGAAGGACUUCGUCAAAAAUUGGAACGGCAUGAAGUGGGGCAUACAGGGGCCGCAGCUGACGUCGAGAGUGUACUUCCGUUGCUGCCAGGACGUGUUGGCGACGCUGUCGUGGCUGAACACACCGGAAGCAGGAGGAGUGUCAAAGAAGGCAAGGAAAACUUUCAUGGACAGGAUGUACAGUCUGCCGCCGCACAGGUUAUCACCAUCCUAUGAAGCGCCGGCGUUCUGCAAGGACUUCGUCGUCUUGGAGGAGGUCUCCGUCUACCCCAUCCAUUUCAAGCGACACAAUGCUCUCCUCUAUAACUGGAAAGAUCAGUGUGACACGGUCACCAAGAUGGCGAAUCGAUCCUUUCUCUUCCACUACUGGGAUCAUUUCUUCCCUGAUACUAUCAGGUUCGGCAACGAAAGCUUGAUGGCAAAGGUCAUGGCGGAGACUUGCCCAAAUACCUUUUCUAGGUACGAAUAGUACGGCUCUGCUUCCUUCCACACCUCGUCGUUCUCAGCAGCUGCAGUCCCUUGGAACUGUUUUCAGUUCUACUGGAACCAACCAACCUCUUAGCAUC